GCUUUCCAUCGCUUUUUGCUGUUCAUGAAGAAGGAGAUUUGCACCUUUGGCGCUUUACACUCUUGUCUGCUGAGAAGACGAGGCGGCAAGCUCGAUACCCUGUUCUCACACUCCACAUAAUUAUUGUUCACCUGCGCUUUGGAAAACUCAGCUGUUUUGCUGUCGUUGCGUAACGCUGUCAUUGAGGUCCGCGCACUUCACCUUUAGUCAUGUCCAUCACGGUUCGCAUUCGCACUCCGAAGAGCAGUGCGCCGGUGCAGGCGGAACUGAGCCUGAGCGAGAGGUGGAGCGAGGCGGCUGUCGUUCUCUCCGAGAAGUCCGGCGUUGCGCUGGACCGCAUGCAUGUCCUCGCCGGAUUUCCCCCAAAGCGGAUUGAACCGGCAGCGAGCACGCCGCUGGCGGAGCUCAAACUGCGUGCAAACGACAUGCUCAUCAUUCAAGAAGGCGAGGCGACGGUGCAGCUGGGCAACACCGGUGAGAAGUACGUGCGGCCUGCGUCGGAGCGCGCGCACUUCACACGGCGCCGCUGCCCCGCCGACAACAGCUGCCUCUUUCACGCCUGCGCCUACGUUCUGCACGACAAGAGUCGGGGCGACGGUGCGCUGAUCCGGCAGGAGUGUGUACGGGCGAUUCGAGAGCACCCGGAGAUGUUCAACCGGAACACCCUCGGCAUGGACCCCGUGGAUUACGCGGCGUGGCUCUCACAGAAGGACACGUGGGGUGGCGCAAUUGAGUUGGAAGUCCUCUCGUUCUUGUACAAGACGGAGAUCUUUGCCCUCGACCUCCAGUCGUCCACUGUGCAGAAGUUUGGAACAGGGAUGGGCUACACGGUACGUGUGUUCCUCGUCUACACUGGCAACCACUACGACUGCAUUGCCAUGAACCCGACGUACAACUCAACAUCAGAGCGGGAGGACCAGACACUGUUUAGCAGCCGCGACGACAACGUCCUGCAGCGUGCUACACGUUUUGUCGCUGACGAAGGCGAAAAGAUGAGAAAGGGUAAUUCCAUGUAA